UGUUCUCAGUUGCACUGGGUGCCUUGUGGUGUUGUGACAGAGCUGAGCUGCAGUGAGUGAGACAAAACUUGUUUAAAGGAGCGCUAAGUAGGGUGGGAGACAAAAAGAAGCGCAACCACCAAGGAUUUACCAGGCAGAUGGGAUGAACAGCUGAAACAAUUUGGACCAGUUUUACUUUUCCUGGCUAAAGGAUCCCUCAUCCCUCUUGUUUUUAGCAGGACUGCAAUUUUGGCUUUGACCUGUGGAAAAGGAAGAAAUUUUUUUUUUCUUUGCUCUGACAGGACGCAAGACCUGUUAUGAGGCAACCUGGACUGACUCACCAGCAUUUUUUCAUGAUUACUGGACAACAGGACUGUUUCUUGCAACGCUACCAUUUCCUGUCAAACCAGAUCUAAGACUGUCUGACCAGGGGUUGUUUAUUUAAAGGACUUAUCAGGAGUUCUUGCCCAAGGAGCAUGGGGAUUCUUCGGGGUACUGUUAUACUUCUGUGUUGGUUUGCUGUGUUCAAAACGGAGGCCAACAGCCCCCCGCAAGCAAAGAAUAAUGUGCCCCGGCUAAAACUCUCCUAUAAAGAAAUGUUAGAGACCAACAACCUGGUAACAUUUGAAGGCUUGGCUAAUAGCUCGGCGUAUCACACUCUCGUGUUGGAUGAGGAGAAAGGAAGGCUUCUGGUGGGAGCAAAGGAUCACAUUUUCUCUUUCAACCUCCUCAAUAUAAGCAGAGACAAAGCACAGAUCCCCUGGACUGCUUCUCCCACCAGAAGAGAUGAAUGCAAGUGGGCAGGGAAAAAUCUCCUGAGAGAGUGUGCACAUUUCAUAAAAUUACUGCAGCCGUUCAACCAGAGCCAUUUCUAUGUGUGUGGGACAGGAGCCUUCCACCCUGUAUGUUCCUACCUGGAGGUCGGCAAGAAACCAGAGGAUGGUGUUUUCAGGCUGGCACCCUUUGUAGAAAAUGGCAGAGGGAAGAGUCCCUAUGAUCCCAAGCUUCUCACGGCUUCAAUGUUAAUUGAUGGGGAGUUGUACGCUGGAACAUCAGCCGACUUCAUGGGGCGGGACUUUGCUAUCUUUCGCACUCUUGGCAAGCAUCACCCAAUCAGAACAGAGCAACAUGACUCCAGGUGGCUGAAUGAUCCUAGAUUUGUAGGUGUUCAUCUGAUCCCAGAAAAUGACAAUCCAGAGGACGACAAAAUCUACUUGUUCUUUAGAGAGAAUGCAAUGGAUGGAGAGCAUGCUGGAAAAGCCACAUAUGCUCGCAUUGGACAGCUUUGCAAAAAUGACCUUGGAGGCCACAGGAGCCUGGUCAAUAAGUGGACUACUUUCUUAAAAGCUCGGCUGAUAUGCUCUGUGCCGGGCAGUAACGGCAUUGACACACAUUUUGAUGAACUACAGGAUGUCUUUCUGAUGAGCACCAAGGAUCCUAAGAGCCCAGCAAUCUAUGGAGUGUUCACCACUUCCAGCAACAUCUUCAAAGGUUCAGCAGUUUGCAUGUACAGCAUGGCAGACAUAAGAAGAGCAUUCUUAGGUCCAUAUGCUCAUAGAGACGGACCCAGCUAUCAGUGGGUCCCCUUUCAGGGACGUGUACCCUACCCCCGGCCAGGCACAUGCCCUAGCAAGACAUUUGGUGGAUUUGACACAACCAAGGAGUUCCCUGAUGACGUGGUCACUUUUGCCAGAAGCCAUCCAGCCAUGUUUAAUCCUAUCUAUCCAAUUAAUAAUAAACCAAUAAUUGUCAAAACAGAUGUGGACUACCAGUUUACUCAAAUGGUCGUUGAUAAAGUGGAGGCUGAAGAUGGCAUUUAUGAUGUCAUGUUCAUAGGCACAGACAUGGGAACGGUUUUGAAAGUUGUUGCCAUCCCCAGAAGUUCUUGGCAUGACUUAGAAGAAGUGUUAUUGGAAGAAAUGACUGUCUUUAGAGAACCAGUAGCAAUAACAGCUAUGGAGCUUUCAACAAAACAGCAACAACUUUAUCUUGGUUCAGACAUCGGUGUGUCUCAGAUGCCUUUACACCGCUGUGAGAUAUACGGAAAGGCAUGUGCCGAAUGCUGCUUGGCAAGGGACCCUUACUGUGCAUGGGAUGGCACAGAAUGCUCCAGAUACUUCCCAAUGGCAAAGAGGAGAACCAGAAGGCAAGAUAUCAGGAAUGGAGACCCGCUCACUCAGUGUUCAGAUCUGCAGCAGCAAGAUGAACUCAGUGGGCAGGCAAUCACACUCGAUAAAACUGUCUAUGGUGUGGAGAACAGCAGCACUUUCCUUGAAUGUGUUCCCAAGUCCCAAAGAGCCAUAACCUACUGGCAGUAUCAGCACUCCACUGAUGACCGCAAACAAGAGAUCCAAUCAGAGGAACGUUUCAUUCGGACGGAUCAGGGUCUUCUGAUCCGAACUCUUGACAAGAAGGAUUCAGGCAUAUAUUUAUGCCAUGCAGUGGAACACGGCUUUAUGCAGACCAUAUUGAAGGUUCACCUAGAAGUGAUUGACGCAGAACGGCUGGGGGAUCUAUUACAUCGUGAUGAAGAUACAGCUACCAGUGUCCCAGCACAAGAGUUUUCCUUGUCUAGAGAAAGUCCAAAUCAAAAGCUGUGGUACAGGGACUUCCUGUCUUUGGUCAAUCAUCCAACUCUGAAUAGUGUGGAUGAAUUUUGUGAUCAGGUUUGGAAAAGAGAGAGAAAGUACAAGCGGCAGAAAGCUCACCAUGUUCAAAAAGUGCAGGCACACAAUCAGCAGCAGCAGAAGGCUGCGGCGAGUCCUCACAGCAACAUGCGCACACAAGGCAUGACGUCCAAGUGGAAGCACCUGCAAGAGCGGCAGAAAGGUCGCAACCGUAGGACCCAUGAACUGGAGAGGGCCCCUCGCAGUGUCUGACCCACAGAACUUAACUUGGAGCAUAAAGCUUCAGACUAUGCUCGUAUGCUCAGAUCACAUUCUGUGUACCUAAAACUGUUUUUCCUUAAAACAUACAUAUGCCACAAAACUGGACAGAAUCGAAAUAAAAAAGUAAUGCUGCUCUGAUCCACCGGUGUGAUCUACGCGUGGGUAGUUUUGUUUACAGCCCACAGGAAAAAGGAUGCUGUUGUAUAAUAGGAGACCUUUGGAGCACAUCAUCACUGAUGACCUCUGUAACAUGAACAAUGCAGAGGGUAGGACCACCCGGCACAAAACAAAUGUACCCAUUCUGUAGACAUUACUGACAAUUCUAGCAUUGGGAAUUGGUCAUUGUAUUGUAGUUAGGUCGUGUUUCUUAGAUUCCAAAUGCCAAAAAUAGCUGAUAGUUUCUGUUCUUCACACAAAUGACUGGAUGAGAUUGUACUAGAAGUAGUUUGUAGAAUAUAGCUUAAAAAAAAGCAAUAAGAAUUAAGCUACACUGCAAAAAGAAUUUAUACUCCUUAAACUUUAAGAAAUUUAGCUAUCAUGAGAACAUCUGAUUAAUGUUUUCAAAACCUUAAUCCUCACUUGUAAAUAACAAUUCUACAUUUAGGGUAAACAUUUUUAUUUCUGCACAAGAAUAGAAUAGAAUAGAAUAGAAUAGAAUAGAAU